GCACGGACCCAAUUCCCAGUAUUCCUUUGAACCAUUCAAUGGCUUUUCCGUAAUUCCUCAUUCUUUCAUGCCCAAUUACCAACACUUUUAUCAUACAAACUAUAAAAACCUUCACCUCAUUACAACCUUUCAACUUUGACCAAACUUCACCAUCUCCGUCAACGGCCGGCAUCUGUUUUCCGGCAACCGUCAUCAUUCAUCCGUACAUCGCCGUGAGGUGUUUAUAACAUAUAGAUGACGUCAGGAACGAGACUGCCGACGUGGAAGGAGAGAGAGAAUAAUAAACGGAGAGAACGACGUCGUAGAGCAAUCGCUGCUAAGAUAUUCGCCGGACUUAGGGUUUACGGUAACUACAAGCUUCCAAAGCACUGUGAUAACAACGAGGUGUUGAAAGCGCUCUGUAAUGAAGCUGGAUGGAUCGUUGAAGAAGACGGAACUACUUAUCGUAAGGGUUGUAAACCGGUUGAACGUAUAGAAAAUAUGGGUGGAUCCGCAUCACCAAGCCCGUGUUCUUCGUCAUACCAACCGAGCCCGAAUGCUUCUUCAUACAAUUUCAGCCCAACUUCAUCAUCCAUUCCGAGCCCAGGCUCAACCGUUUACGCUUCUAAUAAAAAUCCCGACCCGAAUUCUCUUAUCCCAUGGCUAAAAAACCUCUCGUCGGGUUCAUCGUCUUCCAAAUUCCCACAUCAUCUCUAUAUUGCCAGCGGUUCAGUAAGCGCACCUGUUACCCCUCCCAUAAGUUCACCGACGUGUCAGACUCCGAGAAUUAACGACAUUGAUGAUCAACCCAGAUCUUCUCUAUGGCCCGGCCCGAACUAUCAUAUCCCGGGUAUCCGAACACCACCUGACUCAGGAUGGCUCUCGGGUGUUCAAACCCCGCAAGAAGGGCCAUCGUCACCCACAUUCAGCCUCGUUGCAUCAAACCAUCAGUUUGGGUUCAAGGAGGCGUUUGCGGGUCAGAUGUGGACCCCGGGUCAAAGUGGGACGUGCUCUCCUGCAGUCAAUGGUGGCGUUGACCAAACAGCUGAUGUCCCGAUGUCGGAUGUGAUUUCGUCUGAGUUUGCUUUUGGGAGUAACAUGAAGGGUCUAGUGAAACCUUGGGAAGGAGAGAGGAUCCAUGAGGAAUGUGUUUCUGAUGAUCUCGAGCUUACCCUUGGGAAUCCCGGUACUAGAUAAUAGAGCGGUAAGCAUUGAUUGAUUUGGUUUGUGCUGAAGAAUUAGUGAAUUCAAAGGUAUUGUGGUUGUAAAACAGUUGUAGAUUUAGAUACAGAAUUAGUAUGAAUUGAUUUUCUUUAUUAUUAUGAUGAUUAUUAUUACAUAUUAUUUUAUUUAAUUAA